AUCAUUAAAAUAGGGUUAUUCUCCACCCGGCAAGAAACUUGCGAGGCUUUCUUGCUGUCCCCGGUUGUCUUCGGCUAUCAAAGUCUCUAUUCGAUUUCAACUAUGCCAGUGUUGAUAGUUUAGGUUUUAAUUUGUAUAAUUUCAACUUGAUUUUCCGCUAUUAUUAUUAAAUUGCAGUAAAAUAGGGUUCAAGAAUAGAAACCUAAUUCAUGUCUUUGGGCGUACAAGAAAUGAAUUUAUGUGAUUGUUGGUUGUAGGGCAUGGCUUCAUCGGAAGACGAGGCGGAUACUCUGCCGGAGUCUGUGUCAACCUAUUAUUUUGCAGAUGAUAAAGAUGAGCCUAUUUCAUUCUCUUUGUUACCAAUUAGAUGGAGGGAAAGCAAUAAUUUUGACGAUGGGAAGAAAAACCACAUGAUUUUCUUGAAAGGGAGUGUGGACAAUGGGCUCCGCACCAUAUACAAGCAAGUCAUAGCGUGGAAGUUUGAUUUGUCCAACGCAACACCGCAGAUAUCAGUGCUUACUAAGGAGAAAUGCUGGAUGGAACUCGGAAAACCGAGAAAGAGCUAUGAGAUAAUUAUUAGGACGGUACUGAUUACCGUGCAUUGCCUUCAUUUUGCAAGGUGGAACCCAGAAGCAUCCGGGAAAUCCGUGUGGGAUUACCUGUCAAGAACUUUCAGUUUGUAUGAGCACAGACCAUCUCUGAACGAUUUGGUGGACCACUUGGAUUUAAUCGGUGAAGCUGUUCGAAGAGAAAACUCCUUAGCAAAAUGCAAGUUCUUACUCAAUUUUCUUGGGGAGAAGCCAAGGAAAAAGAUGCUGUCUGAUGAGGAUUUUCAAGCUGCAACAAUGUCUGCAUUCAUAGUCGAUGAUAACUUUGAAGAUUUAGAAGAAGAUGAAUCCAAUGACGAGGACGAACUAUUUGAUUCUGUUUGUGCAUUUUGUGAUAAUGGCGGCAACCUUUUAUGUUGUGAAGGGAGUUGCUUGAGGUCGUUUCAUGCAACUGUAGAGGCUGGUGAAGAAUCUGCUUGCGAGUCUCUUGGCUUUACUAAUAGGGAAGUUGAAGCAAUGCAGAGUUUUUUUUGUAAGAACUGCAAAUUUAAGCAGCAUCAAUGUUUUGCCUGUGGAAAGUUAGGUUCAUCUGAUAAAUUUUCUGGUGCUGAGGUCUUUCGAUGUGCUAAUGCAACCUGUGGCCAUUUUUAUCACCCGCAUUGUGCUGCAACAAUGCUCCAUCGAGAGGACAAAGUUGCUGCUGAGGAACUUCGGAAAAAGAUUGCUGCUGGGGAGAGUUUUGCAUGUCCCAUUCAUAAGUGCUGCAUUUGUAAACAAGUAGAGGAUAAGAAGAAAUGUGAUUUGCAGUUCGCUGUGUGCAGGCGGUGUCCAACAUCAUACCACCAGAAAUGCCUGCCAAAAGAGAUAGUUUUUGAAAAUGAAGCAGAUGAAGAUACUAUAGCAAGGGCCUGGCAGAAUCUAUUACCUAACCGUAUACUGAUUUAUUGCUUGAAACAUGACAUAAUUGAAGACAUUGGAACUCCAGUAAGAGAUCACAUACGGUUCCCUGAUGUUGGAGAAAAGAAUACUGCCGCUAAAGUACAGAAAAGAAAGACAUCUGAGCUUCCUGCAAAUGAAGAGGAAAGUUUGUCAAAGAAAAAGAGGCUUACCUCAGAAGAAUCAUUUUCAGGAACAUUUUGUACUAGAGCAUCCAAAGUGAUGUCUUCUUCUGCAAAAAUCGUUAAAAUUACCAAUGACAGUGAACAGAUAUCAUCUGAAUCAAAUUCACUGGGGAAAAUGAGAAUGAAUAAUCCAUCCAGAAAGUCUUUAAGGGAAAAUACAAAGUCUGCUUCAUCAGAGGUGGAGAGGUCUACAACAGCCAACGUAAACAAGACCUCAUUGGGUGACAAGCUAUAUGCCUUCAUGACUAACAAGUCCGGAAAAGCAAAGCUCAGGAAGCAGGAUAUUUUUGGCAGUGAACUUGAUAAAUCUUUGUCUGUUAAGUCUGUUGCAAAGAAGUUAACCAGUGAACUGCCUUCAUUGGAUGCUGAUACACAAAGGAGGCUUUUAGCUUUAGUGAAAGAGGCUGCGUCAUCAAUAACCUUGGAUAAUGUUAUAAAAAAGCAUGAAGUUCCAUCUACACACGUGCACUCCUCAAAAAAUGUCGUGGACAAAAACAUUACAUUGGGAAAGGUGGAGGGUACUGUUGAGGCUGUUAGGACAGCUCUAAAAAAGCUGGAAGAAAAAUGCAGCAUUGAAGAUGCUAAAGCUGUUUGUGAACCGGAUGUUCUGAACCAGGUGUUUAAAUGGAAGAACAAGCUGAAAGUGUAUCUUGCACCAUUUCUGUACGGUAUGCGCUAUACAUCCUUUGGUCGCCAUUUUACCAAAGUAGAGAAACUUAUGGAGAUUGCUGAUAUUCUCCGUUGGUAUGUUGAAAAUGGCGAUAUGAUUGUCGAUUUCUGCUGUGGUGCUAAUGAUUUCAGUUGCAUUAUGAAAAAGAAGCUUGAAGAGAUGGGAAAGAAGUGCUCAUACAAAAACUACGAUGUUAUUCAGCCAAAGAAUGACUUUAAUUUUGAGAAGAGAGAUUGGAUGACUGUUUGUCCAGAUGAGCUGCCAAAAAAGGGUUCGCAGUUGAUUAUGGGACUGAAUCCUCCUUUUGGAGUUAAAGCAGCCUUGGCUAACAAGUUCAUUGACAAGGCUCUUCAGUUUAAACCCAAACUCCUUAUUCUUAUUGUUCCACCAGAAACAGAGAGGUUAGACAAAAAGAAACCUUACGAUUUAGUCUGGGAGAAUGAUCACUUUUUGUCAGGGAAGUCAUUCUAUCUGCCUGGGUCUGUUAAUGAGAAUGACAAGCAAAUGGAUCAGUGGAAUGUGACUGCGCCACCUCUUUAUCUUUGGAGCCGGCAUGAGUGGAGUGCAAAACACAAGGCAAUAGCUCAAAAGCAUGGUCAUCCGUUCAGGCAACAAGAAAUAUCAAAUUUGGACAAAAACCACUUUGAAACAAAAACCCCUGAUCCUGUUAAUGAUCAAUAUAACAAUGCUGGUGCGUCGAUGCUUCCAAAUUAUAUUCCCUUGCAAAGUAAAGAGCCAGAAGAAUCCAAUUGUGGAAUAGUUAAUGACGGUCAUAAAGGAAGGUCUCAAUGCAACAACAGUGAUAGAGAAAGCCAAGAUAGUCAUUGCCCUAGGAAGAGCCAUUCUGAUGAGACUUCAAGGAAGAAAAGGCAAGGUGAAAAAAUGGUUGAAAGAGGAACGGGUGAGAAAUCACUAGAGGGCAGACAGAAUGGUGGAAAGAAGCCUUCUCCGAGUGAUUCAGACAAGGGAGUGCAUCGUCCUUCACCACCACCCAAUAUUGAUGGCAGAUCCUCACUUGACGGUUCAUCUAGAUCUGUUGAAAAGCAAUCACAGGCUGAUAUAGGCACAAAUUGUUACCAGCAUUUGGACCCUAGGUUUUCUGAUUCAUAUUCGCAGCAGCGUGGAACACCUUAUGGCGGAAGCUGGGCCAGCAAUCAUGAUGACAUGAAUAGAAGGCACAGCACUAAUAUUCACGAGUCUUAUUCACUCAACAUCCAUGGAUUGUCCAGUGGUGGCAAUAUGGAGGAGCAAUCAACACGAUGCAUGGCGAAUGUCACAGAAUUUGUUAGACAGCCACAAGUUCACCUUUAUGGGCUACAAGGUGCCGAUCCUGCUCGGUGGAAUUAUCCAAGUGGGCGAUAUCUGGGAUAUGGCCAUAUGGAACCAGCACCAGCUAUCCCUUACGGGCAUAUGGGAUCGGCAGCAGAACCACCCUAUAUGAUGAAUAUGUCAGCGAUGCAGCGAUAUGCUCCCCGGCUAGAUGAAUUAAACCAUACAAGGAUGAGUAGUUUGGGUCCCGAGCCAUCCAUGCAGAAUAGAAAUGGCAGUUAUGAUCCUAGAGCACCGGGAGCUGGAUACCGGUUUGAUUCGAUGGGCUUUGCUCCUGGUCCUCAGCAUCCUUACCCACACCACUCAGCAGGCUGGCUAAAUGAGUAGAUGUAGUCGGAAGCCUUUUCCUUGAAGUGGUGAUGUAAAAAAAUUAGCGACCUCAAGCUGUGUGCUGUGUAUGCUGCAAGCCUGAAAUGUAUGUGCCAUUCCAGUUUCUACCUCAUCAUUACAUGGUUAUUGGCAAUUAAAAAAAAAUCAAUUUAUCUCA